AUGGAAAAAGCUUUGCAGUUUGAUGUGAUUGCCUCCUGCACUACUUCAAAAGCUCGUACUAGUUUAAUGAAAUUACCACAUUAUACAGUGGAAACGCCAGUGUUUAUGCCUGUUGGUACCAAAGGAGCUAUUAAAUCUGUUUUACCAGAACAGCUGGAAGAUAUGAAUUGUCAAAUUAUUUUAGGAAACACAUAUCACUUGGGAUUACGUCCUGGAGUUGAAUUAUUAAAAAAAGCCAAAGGCCUUCAUAAUUUUAUGGGUUGGAAACGUGCUCUACUUACUGAUUCUGGAGGCUUUCAAAUGGUCUCAUUGUUACAUAUGGCUGAAAUUAAUGAACAGGGUGUUAGUUUUGAAUCACCUUAUGACGGUACAAAAAGCUUGUUAACUCCAGAGAAGUCUAUUCAAAUACAAAAUGCAAUUGGUGCAGAUAUAAUAAUGCAGUUAGAUGACGUCGUACCAACUACUUCAAAAGACGAUGAAAGAAUGGAAGAAGCUACACACAGGACUACACGUUGGUUAGAUCGUUGUUUAAGUGCUCAUGAAAGACCUACUGAACAGAAUAUAUUUCCAAUUGUCCAAGGAGGUCUUAUAGAAAAUUUAAGAAAGUUAAGCGCCAAUUUACAUUUGGAAAGAAAAGUAAACGGUUAUGCUAUAGGUGGUCUUGUUGGUGGGGAAGAUAAAAAAGAUUUUUGGAAAAUGGUUAUUCUAUCUACUAAUUUAUUACCUUGCGAUAAACCUAAGUAUGUGAUGGGAGUUGGAUUUGCAGUAGAUUUAGUAAUUUGUUGCGCUUUAGGAGCAGACAUGUUUGACUGUGUAUUUCCAACGAGAACAGCUCGGUUUGGUUGUGCGUUAAUUUCAAGUGGUCAGAUUAGUUUAAGACACAAAAAGUUCAGAAUGGAUUUUGGACCAAUUGAAAAAAAUUGUAGCUGUUCAACGUGUAAGACAUAUACUCGAGCAUAUAUACAUCAGAUUGUCAGUAUAGAAGCUGUUUCUUGCACUUUAUUAUCAAUACAUAAUCUUCAUUAUCAAAUGCAAUUGAUGAAAGGUAUUAGAGAAAGCAUAAAAGUAGACAAAUUUCCAGAAUUUGUCCAGGAAUUUAUGACAAAUAUAUACCCUGAUAAGAGUUAUCCACAGUGGUGCCUUGAUGCACUACAAUCGGUGAAUAUAGAAUUGAAAUAA